AUGCAUUUCUCAACGACCAUGGUCAGCGCCAUCUUGGCCACCGGCUCCGUCGCUCUGGCUCUGCCAACAUCCUCAACAUCCAGCCAGCUUGUGGCACGGAAGUUUACCCCCCAACCGAAUGACCCCAGCAUGACCCCAGUCGACGUUCUCGACCUUGAUCAGGACGUCAAGAUGACCUGCGGAAGUACCGAAUUCAGCUACAAAGAUAUUUACCAGGCCGUACAAUGGGGCGAAAUCCUGGAGCAGGAAAAUUUGGGCCGCGGCAAGAAAUCGAAAGAGUUCCCAACUGGACGCUUCCCUCACUCGUACACGGCCACGGAAUUCACCUUCAAUGACAACUGUCCUGCCGAUGACAAUCGCCAAGAGUAUCCCUUGAUUAAGGAUGGUCCUUACAACGGCGGAAUAUCGAACAAUGUGCAGUGGGGCGAUCACAGGGUGAUCUAUUACUCCAAGGGAGAGGUGGCAGCGGACGGGAACCCGAUUGUUUACUUCUGUGGUGGGCUCACACAUGAGGAUGCCGACGAUGAUGGCGAGUUUGUGCAAUGCACUGUCGACUAG